GAUGUGAUGCUUAAAAGGCGAUCAUGUCCCGCCUCGAGUUGUCAUGUUUCUAAAGAGAUAGCAGCAAGUUAAUCGUAACCUAUUCGUUCUUUUUCUUCUCCUUCAUACAGUCCUUCCGGAAAGGCAUUCGCUUCGUUUCGUUUCCUCUUCACAUUACUUCCAACAACCAUCUCCUCCUUGUCGGAUUACUUCAUAAUCGUCACGAUGCAGCUCUCUCUCGCCAUCAUCGCCGCCAGCGCCGGUGCCGCUCUCGCAGCCCCCCAACUCGCCCCCCGCCAAAACGCCUGCUUCAUCGUAGGCAACACCGUCCUCCCCCAAGAAGUCUCCGACGCCGCCGCCUCCCUCGAGUCCAAAAUCACCUGCGACGCCUCCAAAAAGACCCUCUCCAACGUCCCCGACGUCUCCGCCGGCGGCGUCACCUUCUCCUCCAUCAACUUCGCCGACUCCUCCCAGACGCCCCUGGCCUUCGCCCUCGACAAGUUCGCCACCACCGAGCCCCUCGCCUCCAACGACCUCGCCAAGUUCCAGAACGAGCUGGACGCGUACGUCGCUACCGAGGCCGGGAUCAGGUCCGUGGGCGGGAGCCUGGCGAUCAAGGUGCCCAAGUUCUUCCUGUCGAUGCAGGUUUCGAGGAUCCAGACGGCGCAGGGGAACCCGCCUGCGGCGGCGGGGCAGCAGGUUGAUCAUUUGCGGGAUAAGGUGUUGAAGAAUGCGCCCAAGGAGAGUAAGGCUUUGUUGGAUCAGGUUACUGCUCUUGCUGCCAAGACGACCUAAUCUCCGUUAUAUGGCAGCAAGUCGUUGCUGCCGCUUGUUGAGCAGUAGCACACGAAAGAAUAGAGGCAACAAGGUUUGUGGCGAGAAGUAAUGUGAAUUGGAAACAUCUUUUUUUUUAUUCCAU